AUGUCCGGCUCUCUCCAUCGAACAGCACGGAUUAUUUCCGUCAUUGCGGGGACGCUGGUCGCCCUGUCGUGCGGAACCAAUUAUGCAUACUCCGCGUGGGCGCCGCAGUUCGCGCAACGCAUGAAGCUGUCUUCGACUGAAACCAACCUCAUAGGUGUCGCGGGCAAUCUGGGAAUGUAUGCUAUGGGAAUUCCAAUGGGACUGUUGACUGAUGCCCGUGGCCCACGACUUGUCGCUUUGAUCGGCACUGUUGGCCUGGCCCUGGGGUACUUCCCAAUCUAUAUGGCAUAUUCCAAUGGUCAAGGAUCGAUGCCGGUUGCCUUCCUAUGCCUUUUCGCUUUUCUUACCGGUUUGGGCGGUUGCUCUGCCUUUGGCGGUGCCAUCAAGACAGCGGCAUCCAAUUUCCCCGACCACCGCGGCACGGCGACUGCUUUCCCAAUGGCCGCCUUCGGACUAAGUGCCCUGUUCUGGUCCAAUGUCUCAACCCUCAUUUUCAAGGACAAUACUGGCCGUUUUCUUUUGCUUCUGGCUAUCGGAACCUCGACUCUGACCUUUGCUUCGAUUCCAUUUCUUCGAAUUCUUGCCAGCGAGCCGUAUACAUCCGUCCCACAUAACACACACGAGUCCAGGACACGCAAUUCCAGCGAUCUUGAGCCUAUACCAGAGGAAACCGAUCUGCGUGACUCCAACACUUUCGAACGCGAACAUUAUCCACAUGCGCGAUCCCACUCCGUCGCCUCAAAUUCCCAAGGCAGAGCAUACGCUCAUGACGAUGAGACUGCCACUUUGGUAUCCAAGAAUGACCGCCCGCGCCCCUCUUUUGAUACUCUUGACGAUGAUUUCCUGGAUGAAGUGGCCGUGGAGUCUCACCAGACCGAUGUCAGAGGUCUCGCCAUGCUUCGGACAGUCGAGUUCUGGCAGCUCUUCUUGACCAUGGGAUUGUUAUCCGGUAUCGGCCUGAUGACCAUCAACAACAUUGGUAAUAGCGUAAAAGCCUUAUGGCUAUACUAUGAUGACAGUGCGACGGACCUGUUCAUCCAGCACCGCCAGGUCAUGCACGUUUCCAUUCUUUCCUUCGGCAAUUUCGUCGGCCGUCUAUUCAGUGGCAUCGGCUCUGACCUGCUGGUCAAAAAGCUGGGCAUGUCCCGCAUCUGGUGCCUUUUCUUAUCAGCGGUAGUCUUCACCUUGACCCAGCUCGCUGGUACUACCAUUUCCAACCCCAACACCCUCGUUGUCGUCUCCGCCUUCACCGGAAUCGCAUACGGCUUCCUUUUCGGUGUCUUCCCUUCCCUUACUGCGCACAUUUUCGGCAUUAACGGUCUAUCCCAGAACUGGGGCGUCAUGACCCUGGCCCCGGUGUUCAGUGGUAACAUUUUCAAUCUGCUUUACGGUAAUAUCUAUGAUGGACACUCCGUCGUAGGCCCCGAUGGUGACCGCGAGUGCCCGGAUGGACUGGGCUGUUACCGCACUGCCUACUUCAUGACGUUUGUGUCAGGAAUAUUCGGUAUCGCAGUUUGUCUUUGGAGCAUUCUGCGCGAAAGGAGUGUCCAUAAUGCUAUGGACAAGCAGAUGGACCACCGACUCGCCUAA